AUGUAUUUGAUAAAUUUUAGGCAGUGGCUGUUUGGUCUUAUUACGAUGUCAAUUUCGACAAUAAGACGACAAGUUAAGAAUGUUGCUUAUAAUUUCUCAGAUGCACAGGUUAAAGUUCGGGAAGCCACAAGCAAUGAUCCUUGGGGACCUUCGACUGCGUUGAUGUCUGAAAUAGCUGAUUUAACACAUAAUCCGAUGUCUUUCACUGAGAUCAUGUCAAUGUUGUGGAAGCGAUUGAAUGAUCAUGGGAAGAACUGGAGGCAUGUGUACAAAAGUCUUGUUUUGUUGGAUUACUUGAUAAAAUGUGGCAGUGAGAAAGUGGCUCAGCAGUGUCGAGAAAAUAUCUAUUCAAUUGAAACACUUAAAGAUUUCCAACAUAUUGAAGAUAAUAGAGAUCAAGGUAUGAAUGUGCGUGAGAAAGCAAAACAAAUGGUCGGCUUGCUAUAUGACGAAGAACGGUUAAAAAAUGAGCGAACAAAAUUCAUGAUGACUAGGAAAAAGUUCAUGUCUGGUUCUGGUAUUUCUUCAGAUGGUUCUGUACGACAUAUGCGUAAAAAUGAUACUGGUCCAGUCUUCGAAUCAGAGUUAGAAGAUGCGAGACCAGCUAGUGCUGGUGAAGAGGAAAUGCAGUUGCAGAUUGCACUUGCGCUGUCACGAGAAGAAAAUGAAAAAGAGGAGGAACUACGGAAAAAGGAUGAUAUUGGUUUACAGAUGGCAUUGAAUGAAAGUCGUCGUGAGAUCGAGCGAAUGAAUUCCAUAGAUGUUGGUCAGACUACUGUAUCAAGUUCAACUCUUUCGCAGAGUGCUAUCGAUGAUUUGUUGUCCUUAGGAGUGGGUCAACCUGUUGAGCAGGUAGCACAUCCGUGGGGUGGACCAACUGUGGAUCCAUGGACUCCAAUUUCAUGCGUUCCUCCUACAACUAAUACUGAGACAUCUUUGUACUCUAGUAUGCAAGCGAAAAAUGAUCCGUGGACCAUAAUAUCUCCUAGAACCGAAGUACAUUCAAAAUCUGUUGACCCAUGGACUUCUGUAUCCCCAUCUGUCGCUGACCAGAAUAUAACCUCAAUGGUAGAAGAAAACUCCUCAAAACAAGUAAGCAAUAGAAAGACUCCUGAAAGUUUUCUGGGCGAAAACUCUUCCCUCGUCAAUUUAGACAACCUUCUCGGAACUACAAACAGCAAUUCAAGACCAGCAAGCAAUCCAUUUCUUUCUGGUACUGGCGGAACAGUACCAACAAAUCCAUUUGUCGCUCAACAACGUCCAUCACCAUCUCUCAAUGAAAUCAUGAGUCAAAAUCGUAUGCCUUCAACGAGCAAUGCAGCGCAACCGCCGUUGCAACCACCACUUAUGCCAGUUCAGGCUUCAACUCAGCCCACAAAUCCGUUCUGCUGA